CACAACUACUGCGUAUCGAGCCACCUCCCAACAUGGGCGAAACCCUACUUGUAGCUGAAGACAGUACCCUACAGUUGGCGUGUGUACACCAGGGACAUCCAGUAGCCACAGUUCGAUGGUUUCAAGAUGGAGUGCUGAGAUCGGAGAUUACUAGCAAGCAGGAGCAAAACGAAGAGCAGGAAAGACGACGUGAGGUGCUUGAUUCGUGGCCGUCGACAAUCACUGUACCAAACGUUCGUCGUAGAAAUGGUGGCACAUGGACUUGUGAAAUCUCUCAAGCUAGGCAGGAAGAUGGUGUAGAGAUGUUCAUUGAGCGCAGGAGUAUCGUAGUAGAAGUCAGAGCUUUGCAGCUGUACGUCAUCAAUCUUGAUUUUGAUGUAGAGGACCCGGAUGAAAACGUGACUAUCGUUGGGACGCAACAAUACAUGGACGUCAGAGGAAAUGUUACUGACGCUGUUGAGAAGCUUUUCCUUACUGAUGUGAACCUUAAUGAGGUUUUCUUUCUCGAUUCAAUUCCCGAGAAUCCGUUCCAUAUUAGGACUGGCUCCAUAAUUGUUGAAAUGGACUUGCGAAUACUACAGACACUGGUUGUCCGUGAAGAUAAUGCUGAUGAGCUGCAAAGUCGCUUCAAUAUGGCGGCUGAGGACCAAGCAGACAUAUUUGGUGUGUUGGUGACACCUAGCGCAAGAGUGAUGGCAGUCAGUAAGUCUUGUAUCGAGGUCUGCUACUGAACCACUAAAUCGGCAUUCCUGAUACAAUCAGGCUGAACCUGAGGACAUAAUAGCCUAUAUGUUUUAAACGUGAUGUGUACGUACGCACAAUAUGUGGUUUUCCGUGUCUGUCAACCAAACAAUACACUUGCGUGUAAUGUGGCUGAAGAACCACUGUUUUUGGUCAAUGGCCGUACG